GCUCAACGCAUCAUCGCGUGCUCUGGCACGAUGACGGCUGCCACAAAGGCAAGGCAGUAAAGUGCCCGCUCUUGGUACCGGUACUCCGUGACUCACCGCGGGCGUUCAGUGUACGGCCGACUGCGAAGCCGUCAACAUCGAGUGGAUGUAUACUGCGUUUUUCGAUUCACGCCUUGCUCGUGCGUUCCUCCCUCGAACGCGUAAAACAGCUGUCAGAGAGAUUAGUGAACGUCCUCCUGCUGUUAUGUGCGUUAAGUGUUGAUGUGAGACGGAACCGGUCAAGUUGGCGAUCAUCCUUGGUAACGGCCGCUGUUGGGACAUUCAACUUGGCUGAUAUGGUGUACCACUGGCAGAGUCAAAAUGUCAAGAUCUCCGGGGUGGACGACAUGGUCCUCCUCCCGAAAGUCAACGAGGAUGCCAUUAUCGAGAACCUCAAGAAAAGAUACAUGGACGAUUACAUAUUUACAUGCAUCGGACCCGUCCUGGUAUCGGUCAACCCCUUCAAGCAGAUGCCGUACUUCGGAGAGAAAGAAGUCGAGUUAUAUCAAGGCGCUGCACCAUACGAAAAUCCACCGCAUAUCUACGGACUGGCAGAUGAUAUGUACAGGAAUAUGUUGAUCGACAAUGAGAGUCAGUGCGUGAUCAUCAGUGGUGAAUCCGGUGCCGGGAAGACAGUCGCCGCGAAAUACAUAAUGUCCUACGUGGCGAGGGUGAGCGGCGGGGGCGAAAAGGUGCAGAAGGUGAAGGAUGUCAUCCUGGAAUCGAAUCCACUCUUGGAAGCCUUCGGUAAUGCGAAGACCGUGAGAAACAACAACAGCAGUAGAUUUGGAAAAUACGUUGAAAUGCAGUUCGGGUCGGGCGGUCAACCGAACGGUGGUAAAAUCUCGAAUUUUCUCCUGGAAAAAUCGAGAGUGACUUGUCACAAUCCCGGCGAACGGAAUUUCCAUAUAUUUUAUCAACUGGCGACUGGCGCUAAUCAACAAAUGCAAUCGGAAUUCGGAUUGACAAAUCUUGACUACUAUCAAUAUUUGAGUUACGGCGGCAAUCACAGAGUGGAUGGCACAAACGAUGCGCGCGACUUUCAGGAAACCCUUAAAGCGUUGAGUGUCAUGGGAAUAAAGGACGCCGAGGUGAUGAACAUAUUGAGAUUGGUGGCUGGAAUUCUGCAUGUGGGAAAUAUACAGUUUGCCGAGAGCGGCAAUUAUUCGCAGAUUGCCGAUAAACAACUUCUCGAGUUUCCUGCGUAUCUCUUUGAAAUUUCGGCGGAACAAUUGGCGCACAAGCUGAUCUCCAGAGAAUUCGAGUCGAAAUGGGGAAGCCAAUCGGAAAGCGUGGACUUGACGUUGAACGUGGAACAAGCGCUUUAUGCGAGGGACGCUUUGGCGAAAGAUGUCUAUGCCAGGCUUUUCGACUAUUUGGUCAAGAAAGUUAAUUCAGCCAUGGAGACCAACACGGACGGAUAUGAGAUCGGAAUUUUGGACAUAUAUGGCUUCGAGAUCUUCGACAAGAAUGGUUUCGAGCAGUUCUGCAUCAAUUUCGUGAACGAGAAACUACAGCAGAUUUUCAUCGAGCUCACGUUAAAGACGGAACAGGAGGAGUAUGUUUCCGAGAACAUCAGAUGGACGCCGAUAGAUUACUUUAACAAUGCCGUGGUUGUGGAGCUUCUCGAGGGCAAGAGGCCACCUGGUCUCUUCUUGGUGCUCGACGACGUGUGCGCGACGCUGCACGGCGGAAGCACAGGUGCCGACUUCGACUUGAAGAAGAAACUCGCGGGAACGGCCAAGCAGCACGUCCACUUCCAGGACACCGGGGACGGUUUCGCAAUUCUUCAUUACGCCGGCAUGGUGUCUUAUUCCGUGGACGGAUUCUGCGAUAAGAACCGGGACGUUCUCUUCUUGGAUCUGAUCGAGCUGAUGCAGACGAGCACGAAUUCCUUGGUCCGUGAGCUUUACCCGCGGGAAAAGGACGCCGGUAAGACGAAGACUCUCAAAUCCAGGCCAACCACCGCGGGCAGCAAAAUCAGAAAUCAAGCCAGCCGUUUGGUCGGUCAACUGAUGAAGUGCACGCCGCAUUACAUCCGGUGCAUCAAGCCGAACGAGACGAAGAAGCCGCGCGACUGGGACCAGAUGAGAGUUAAGCAUCAGGUAGAAUAUCUAGGUCUAAAAGAAAAUAUCAGAGUGCGCAGGGCUGGCUUUGCCUACAGGAGGCCGUUCGCCAAGUUUCUACACAGAUACGCGAUUCUCACGAAAGAAACGUGGCCUCGUUGGCCCGGCGAUGAGAAACAGGGCGUGGAGUGGAUAUUGGGAAGUAUACACAUCGACAAAUCGCAAUAUCAGCUUGGCAAAUCGAAGCUCUUUAUCAAGGCGCCCGAAACUCUCUUCAUGCUGGAGGAAGCACGCGACCGGAAAUACAACAUGUACGCGCGAGUCAUCCAGAAAGCCUUCAAAAAGUACUUCGCCCGGAAGCGGCAGGCACAGCAGAAACAGGAGGCCGCCAAUCUGCUCUUCGCUCGUAAGGAACGAAGACGGGCGAGCAUGAAUAGAAACUUUGUGGGUGAUUAUAUAGGAUUGGAAGGCAAGCCGCAAACAAUGAGUCUAAUUGGAAGACGGGAAAAAGUGUUCUUUGCCGAGGUUGUGAGGAAGUACGACAGAAGAUUCAAGAUGUCCAGAAGGGACCUCAUCCUCACCGGGAAGUGUCUUUACCUAAUCGGUCGGGAGCAAGUGAAGAAAGGUGCGGAAAAGGGUAAAUCCAUCCAAGUUAUUAAGAGAAAGCUUCCGUUUAAUCAGAUCAGCCACGUAUCGCUGAGCACGCUACAAGAUAACUUCAUAAUUAUCCACGCGAGAGAGGACUACGGCAGCUUGUUGGAAUCGGUGUUCAAAACGGAGUUCUUAUCUGUUCUCAGCAAAAAAUACCUAGAAGACACUGGUCAUAUUUUGAUCAUCAAAUUCAGCAACGACUUGGAGUUCAAAGUGAAAAAGGAGGGUUGGGGCGGUGGCGGAGUGAGGCAUGUAAAGUUCACGCAACUAGAUUACGGCGAUAAGGAAAUCCUGAAACCAUUCGGCAAAAUUCUCAACGUCAGCAUCGGACCGGGUCUGCCGAGCACGAUGAAGCCUAAUUUGGAGCCACGAUCGACGUCACUCGUUCAUUCGCACAGCAACGUCUCCAAACGGACUCCAACUCGUCAAGCGCCGCAACUGUGUGAUUUAAGUUUACUCGAUAAUUAUUACUCUAGUGCAGUUCCUCCUGCAGGAACUCCUUCUCGUCCGGUGGCAACUGCGAGGACUAUAGCUCCUACAGCGCGAGCGGCUUCGAACGGUAGACCAAACAUUCCAUCAAAUCGCCCGAAUGUUCAACCUAUGCAACAGCAAAGGGACAUGAAUAACAAGACACACUAUCCCAACAAGUUGCAAAAUCAACCGAUCCCUAUGAUGGGCAUGUUCAUGAAUCCCAAUGGCGGGCCACGUGGUUUAAUCAAAUUUCCUCCACCACCCACGGAGCCGCCACCACAGGAGCCUGCAGGAUUCAGGCUGCCCCCCCUUAACGGCGAGCGCAACGGCAAAGCUGCUAGUCACAGUCUCAAUAAAGGCAUGCAAACUUCUCAGGAGUGGAAUGUUAAACAAAAUAGCAACGUAAUGAGCCACGCGAGAAGACAAGGUGAUAAUCCCGCGUACGCGGUAGCCAACAAGAGGGUACCUCCUCAGAAACCGGCGCCACCAAGUUUACCAAAGGUCAGAGCCUUGUACGAUUACGAGCCACAGGAUCUCGACGAGCUAGGUCUCAAGGAAGGCGACGUACUCGAAGUACUCAAAGAACACGAGGGUGGUUGGUGGCACGGAAGACUGAAAGGGAAAACCGGUCUUUUCCCUUCAAACUACGUAGAAAAAAUAUGAGGUCCGUAACUGAUGCAGUCAUCGAAAAGUCCUACCGAGUCACAUGGAACGUCGAAAGAAACUAGUAACGAGUACGCCGUGCUUGUUACGUGUAGUUUUCAUACUCCAUGAGCAAUACGUAUCAUUGUGUGCGUGCGCAAGUCUUUUAGUUAAAUACAGCAAGAAGCUUACGCAUGCCAAAGUCACGAAAGAACUUGUAAUUGAAAGAAAACGUAAUAAUGCGUUCUGCGUUUUCCAUCUUAUCUAACGAAAAUUAAGCGAAGAGUCUAGUAAUAGCGAUUGUUCAAAUGUAUUACUUCCAAAGAGACAUAUUUUGCCGCAUAAUUCGGUGCUUAGCUAAUCUUAUUGUUAGUAUCCGACAAAGUAUUCCAUUACGAGAUUCUAAGAGAAAUAUGUCGAUAAGAUAUGUCGCUCUUAUUAAUUAAUAAUUACUAAUUAGUUAGCAUAUAAUAGAUUUGUAAUUCGUUACGUUUUCGUGUAAUAUACAGGCGCGAUCGAUAUUUAUAUACUUAAAAAAGUGUCACAACUACAAAUAAGUAAGUGACAAGCAGUCAUUUAUAUCAUAUAAAUGUAACGAUAUGUGUACAUAGCGUCACCAUAAAGUAUAUACUAAUAAAAUCAUAUCUCAAUCACGUCUCUGUCAAUUGUA